GUUUUUGUUUUCUUUUUGUGAGAAGAACCCACAAGUGAUAGAGUCAUUCGGCUUGUGGUUUCGUGACAAUGAUACCAUGGUGACCAAAGAAAGUGUUCAAAAGUACAUUGAAGAGGAGGCAUAGUACUUUAUGACAGGAGCUAUAGACGACAAACUCCUGGCCUUCCUCAAAGGUUUCCAUGAACUUAUCCCACAGAAGAAUGCCGCAAUCUUCAACGCCGAAGAGCUUAGGGAUGCUAUGAGUGGCAUGCCUACUAUUCACGUUGAGGCUUUGAAACAAACAGCAAUCUAUGUGAACUACGUAGGAGAUGAUGUUGUAAUUCAAUGGUUCUGGGAGGUGUUAGAGUCUUUCGAGCACAGUGACAAGGCUAAAUUUCUUGGCUUCGUCACUGGAACACAACGGGUCCCGUCAGACGGCUUGGAACUGACUAUCGUGAGAAGUGGGGCUACUAACCGUCUACCUGCUGGACAUACAUGUGCUAAACAACUAGACCUUCCAAGAUACUCUACAAAGGAGCAACUUAGGGAUAAGUUACUAAAAGCCAUUCAAGGGUGUGAUCGUUUUUGUUUUGGGUAGUGGGGUCUUUCUUUUAGAUAGACAAUCAUACUGAUUUGCUUGCUUUUUCAUUUUAUUAUAAAUUGUAGCCAUUGAUCGUUGCUAUAGAGGUGCAUGUGUGUGCCAAUGGAUUUGAACUUAUUUAUAGUCGUGUGUUAUUGAUCAGAUGUUCCCUGUGUCUUCCAUGAAAGCUACAAAAUAUCACAAAGUUUAACUAACACCAAGUUGAAUGGUUAUCAUCAGGAUGUCAAGUAAACAUGUUUUGACUGCUCUUGCAGAAACUGAAUAUCACAUUCAGACGGGAUCUAGACAGCCUCAGAUUCACACCAAGGGUCAACAAAAUAGGGUCCAUCGAGGAGAAGAACCAAAAGACCCAAGGCAACAACUACGAAUUAAACGCUCAGGUACUCCUGCCCGAAAAAAGAGAGCCGAGAUAUUCCUGCCCGAAACUGACCGGAUUUUGAAUUAAAUAUAUCUUUAUUUUAAUUCGAAAAUUUAGUAAAAGAUGAAGAAAGCAAGAGAAACUUAGAUAAUUACAACUCUACCAAGGACUAUCCGAACCCGGACCCAUUACCGACCCAAAAAAAUCGGAUACCCAGUUCCCGAAAAUUUUAAUUUCUUUUAAUUCCCGAAUACAUUUCCCCUCUCUGUCCUUAUUGGUUGAAAAGACGGUGAAAAGUAAGAAUAUUACUUAAAUGAACUAGUAAAAAUUAAUAAAGUUCACCGUCGAAUCUGUCUCUCAGAACUCAAUUUUGAAUUCUGAAAACCCUACUCACUCAAUUGCGAAUGAAUAUUGUGAAUCUCAAUCGAGAAUGAAAACCCAAAUCAUGUUGAAUCGACAUGAUCCGAAGGCAAAAGAAGACGGCUCGAUUAGUGUAGGAGGAGAGGACAUGUCUAUGGCUAUGGUUACAUUAUCCGGAGAAGCCAUCGACAAAUCUGUCGCCCCGGGAACCGACCAAAGUCCCCGAGAUGAGGAAUCAAGAGAAGUAGACGGAAGAGAAAAAGAGAAGGAAGCCGGAGACGAAGGAGAGAAUAAGGCCAAAGAAGGGGAUGAGGAAAUGGAGCCCCGAAAAAACGACGAAGAAGCUGAUGAAAGGGCGAUCCAAUUGGUACGACAUACUAAGUCGCAUGCAGAGUCGGUAAGUAUUCAAAUUGAAAACACUCCCUCUAGAAAGAUGAUUAGUGAAAGAUUAGUAAGUGUGGAAAACUAAGUGGAAUUUAGAGUUAGUGAAACCAAGAAAAACUUCAAGUGAGUGCUGGCUGAACUAAGUCCAACUUUGUGAAACUAUAUGUUGAUGGUUGUAAGAUGUAGUACGUGAUCCGGUUUUCACUUGAGUGCAGUUUGUUGAUGACGAAGAAGAAGGAAUGCGACCGCUGAAGUUGCACUUUCCUUCAAGCCAGUAUCAAAAGUCUAUAAAGCUUUCAGGAAAAUGUUACAUUGACAAUGCGAUAAGAAAUAUACAAACGAUCCUGAAAGAGAAGGAGGUGAAAUGGUUCAUAGAGCACCCACAAUUCCAACAUUUCUUCCAUAUUAAAAACCGAAAGCAGAAGUGGAUGGGAAUGUGGGUUCUCGUUUUGCGAUCAGCUUGUGUUGCGAAGAAGCAUGAGUUAUGGUUUGCUGUUAAUGGCGUCCCAAUCCGAUACUCUCUCAGAGAAUUAGAACUCAUUUCUGAACUAUACUGCCAUGAGUAUCCCCCCAACCAUGAGAGGUUGGGUGGUACAACAUUCAUGAACAAGUAUUUUGAAGGGAAAAGGGUAACAUACGCUGACCUGGAGAUGCAGAUGUUGGCAAUGAAAUCAAAGCCAUCUGAGGAUCGUAAGAAGAUGGCUGCUAUGUACUUCUUAGCCAGCAUCCUCGUCGGAGGCCGAAAGAGUGGUGAGGGAGCAUCACCUGUGGACAGUUUCUUCAUGACUGUUGUUGAUGACCUAGAUGCGUGUGAAACGUUCCCUUGGGGACGGUAUGCAUUCGAACAUAACUUGAAAGAUGUCUCUACCUUCUUGGAGAAAUGUGAUGGGGUUGCACCGACGAUUUGGGUUUUUACAAGCUUUCCUAUCCUUUUGGAGGUAUUCUUAAGCUCUCUUCUAAUUAGUUGUGUUAUUGUUUAAUUGAUGUUAAUGUCCUUUUGUUGUGUGUCCGUAGUUGUUGGCCUUUGAGGCAAUUCCAAGCUUGAGGAACCAUUUCCGAGAAAAUGUGAGUGGUGCACGCAGUGGUUGCCCGCGGAUGUGCAAGAUGCAGUACAAACGCAAAAGUGGAACCAGGGAAUUCAGUCUGAAUGCUGUGAAUGAUAAAAUUGGUAAUAGUACAAAGGUAAUUGAUGUUUUAUGUGUAGUCGAAUUAAGGAGAAGGGAUUUAUGAGACUUAUGAAAACUUGGUGAAACUAAGAUAAUUAAUGUUUUUUUGUGUUUUUGCCACAGGAUAUUGAGAGUAUCUUGGUAGCAACAGCAGCUGAGAAGAAACUUCUGGAAACCAUAUGGAUGGACAAGGAAAGUUGUUGGGCCGAUGACGACGAUGAUGCAGCAGUUGAUCGUUGGACGAAGAUAAAACGGAAAGGGAAGAAACAAGUUUUCUUUGAAGAACAGUUCGGCAUUGAUUUUGAGGCUCGUACAUCUCGUAAUGAAGGUCAGGCUCAUGCAGAAUCUGGUCAGGCUCAUGCAGAUUCGGUAGAGGCUACUGGAGCUACUCCUGAAUCUGCUUUUCAAGCGAUGGAAGGUCGGCUUAUGAAUGCAGUCCGAGAGGCUAUGAAGGAAAUGAACGAAAAAGUCACUUCAUUGUCGCAUAAGCUAGCUCUUUUAGAAGAGGAGGUGAAAAGUCUUAGGUUGAGUGACAAGCCGGCAGACCAAGAUGCCCCUCAGAAGCAGGCGGACCAAGAUGCCCCUCAAAAGCAGACUGACCAAGAUGAUAGUAGUGAGGAUGAUGAGUCGGGGGAAGACGAUGGUAGUGACAAUAAAGAGUCGGAAGAAGAGGAUGGUAGUGACAGUAAAGAUGGUGGUUUCAUCGAGGAUGUUACAAAUGAAAAUCAGGGGGGCGAUGGUGACAUGGAUGACACUGAUGCAGAGAUGUAUGCACAUGCAGCGGAGUUCGAGAGAAGUUUAGAGAUGAAAAAGAAGAGGCCAAGAGAGGAUGAUGGAAAUGAAGCAGUUCGUGCGAAAAGUAGGUUUAGUCCCGUUGGUACAAGAAGUAAGAAGGCAGCUGAGAAGACAGCAGCUGAGAAGGCACCAGGUAAGAAGGCACCAGGUAAGAAGACACCAGAUAAAAAGGCAGCAGGUAAGAAGGCAGCUGAGGAGGACGCAGCCCAGAAGAAGCAGAAGACGGAGUGAAUUUCGUAUGUUGUUGUUUUAAUGUGCUUGAAGACGGAGUGAAUUCUGUCUAACUUCAUAACUUAAGACUUAUGUUAUCUAUAACUUAUGGUAUUUAAGACUUAUGUUAUCUAUAACUUAGUCUAACUUCGUGAAGCAAACGUAAUUAGUAGAUCGUGAAUGAGAGAGAGUAGGGGAAACUUUAGUAAGUUUCACGCUCAACUUAGUUUUCACCCUCAACUUAGUCUAACUUCGUGAAUAUAACGUAAUUAGUAGAUCGUGAAUGAGAGAGUAGGGGAAACUUUAGUAAGUUUCACGUUCAACUUAGUCUAACUUCGUGAAUAUAACGUAAUUAGUAGAUCGUGAAUGAGAGAGUAGGGGAAACUUUAGUAAGUUUCACGUUCAACUUAGUCUAACUUCGUGAAUAUAACGUAAUUAGUAGAUCGUGAAUGAGAGAGUAGGGGAAACUUUAGUAAGUUUCACGUUCAACUUAGUCUAACUUCGUGAAUAUAACAUAAUUAGUAGAUCGUGAAUGAGAGAGUAGGGGAAACUUUAGUAAGAUUCACGUUCAACUUAGUCUAACUUCGUGAAUAUAACGUAUCGGGAAUGAGAGAGAGUAGGGAAAACUUUAAUAAGUUUCACUUUCAACUUAGCAAACAUAAUCUCAAGCAAACAUAAUUGAAUCUCAAACAUAAUCUCAAGCAAACAACAACAACAGAUAGUAGACAAAUGUCAUGGACCGGACACAUCUCAUGGAGUGGUAGGAUUCGGACGAGUAAGAUUGUACUUCAAUUCAGCUAUCUCUGCAGCCAUCGCAUCCACACGCUUUCUUAACAUUUCAACCUCUUCCUAGACUCCGAAGACCCAUGGUUGACGGAAAUGGAAGCCAUCAUUCUACACGUAAAACGGGGAAGUAUCAAAAUCUGCACAUAAAACCCGAAAGUAUCCAUAAAUUACCUCAAAAUUUAUGCAAGUGAAGUAUUUUCUCCCCGGUAGAGCAUCAAAAUCAGUUGGAUACUUCGGGUCCGGAGACACCUCGUUGAUUAUUGUUCCCCCACAAGGGCAUCUGGUAGGAAUCCCACACUGGGCAUCCUCCACGAAGCCAAGCAUGUCGAUGUCUCUCUUCGAAGAUUUACUAACUGGGAAUUUAUUUGGGUCCCGAGACACCUCGAUAGCGCCUAUUGCAUGUCUACAUGGGAAUUUAUCUAUAUCAAACUUCUUGCAACUGCAAGUAUGCUUCUGCAAAUCCACUAUAUAAGUCUUCCCGUCUUCUCCAAUAACACUGUAUUCAAGCUCAAAACUGUUCAGCAAAGUCACUGUAAGUUUUGAACCUUUCGGUACUCUGUCAUGCAUUUUGUUCUCCACAUAAGGAACCAAUUUCGAGACGACGGUCCUUCUGCUGCAUCCUUCCUAUGUCUGUUGAACCACUCAGCCAUUUUGUCAAUAACUGUAUCAAGCAUAGGCAAUAAAGCCAUCCUUCGCGCCUUUUCAAACAGCGCAUUCAAAGACUCCACACAAUUAGAGGUGUCUAUGUUGUACCUUGCACCGGGGAAAUGACACUUCGCCCACUUUUUUACAUCGACACUUUUAUCAAGAUACACAGUACACGAUGGAUACCUCUCCCUAAAUUCUUUAUACUGCUUAUCAAACUCAGUCUCUGAAUAAAGCGUCGCAACUUUUCUGAAUUGUAGUGCAACCUCGUCCCUGGACUGGGCGACACUACCU